AUGUAUAGCGAUACAGAAUGUACACGACGCAUAGGAACUUCAAAUCGUAGUUAUCAGUCAACAUCUUUAUCAAAUCGUUAUGUACGUGGUCUUGGUAGUAAUCAAGAUUUAUCUAAACGAACACCAUUAAUAUCAUCACCAUCAAUAUCAGAAAUAAUUUAUAAUAAUGAAACAUUUCCACUUCUUGCAGAAUUCUUACAAAUUCAUGGACGAGAAUCUUUAGUUGGAUUUUGUGCAAUUGUUAUUGGUAUAUCAAAUUUAUCAUCAGAUAAACGACAAGCUUUAUAUGCUGUACGUGCUGCUUAUAGACAAUAUAUUAAUGAUGAAACAAUAUCAAAUAGUUGGUUACAAACAACAACAAGAGAGUUUAUUCGUAUACAAAUUGCUCAACGUGUAUUUGAUCCUUAUAAAAUAUUUCAACCAGCAAUGAAAGAUAUGUUACAAUAUUUAAAACAAAAUUUUUAUGCAAAUUUUCUUUCAUCACAAAUAUGGAAAAAUUAUCUAGUUAAAAAACAACAACAAGAUAAACGAAUGAAAAGUAUAAAUGCUUCAACACCGAAAAAAUUAAAUUCAUCAAUAAGUACAUCAACUGUUAAAUCAUCCAAACAGUCAAGUUCUAAACGAGAUAUUUUAACAAGUUUUAACGCAAAUAGAACACUUGGUUCAACAAAUUCAAUAUCAACAACAAUUAAAACACCAUUAGCAUGUUUUAUACAAAAUAAAGAUGUUCCUUAUAUGAUUUAUUUAAAUAUUCCUGUUGAAUGUGUUACGUUAGGAGAUAUAAAACCUCGUAUACAUCAUUUAGCUGGUAAAAAAUUUGAUAAUCAAACAAUUGAAUGUCAUUAUUAUUUUAAACGUCGUAUUGAUCCAUCUGAAAUAUGUUUAAUGAAUGAUGGUAUAACAUCAGUACCUACAUAUGUCUAUGAAGAAAUUGAUAAUGAAGAUAUUCAUACACCAGUGCCACAUCUUGAUGGGACAAUUGUCUUUAUUUCAUCUUGUUUAUGUCAAAAUUUUACGUAUGUGCUUACAUAUACAAGCACAAGUGUUAUAAAUUCAUAUUUAAAUCCAAACAUAUCAAUAUUAACAAACACAGCAGUUGUAGAACGUUUAUUAUCAACUAGUAAUGGUUUAGUUUCAUCAACAAAAAUACUUUUAACUGCAACUAAUAUUCAAUCAAUUGUAUUCGCAUGGAAUACAGGCGAUUGUUCAUAUCCAUCAGCAUUAGCAACAAGUUAUCCAACAAUUUUUAUAAGUAGUCCAAUAUGUUUUACUCAAACAUCUUUAUCAAAUAAUUUAUUGCAAUUAGCACCAACAACUGAUCAAUUAGGAUAUGCAGCUGUUCUUUUUAUGCGUUCCUAUUCUCUGCAUUAUUUUUCAAUGAUUAUCAGUGAUUCAAAUACAUUUUAUUCGAAUUUAGGAAUACAAUUUUCCCGUUAUUUAACUCAAAGAUCAUAUAUUUUUGAACGAUCGAUGUCGACAGGAAAUUUUUCAUCAUCAUUUGCAACAAAUUCAUUAAAUAGUAGAGUGUUUUUUAUUAUAUGUUCAUACAGCGAAGAACAAUCGCUGUAUUCAAUAAUUUCAAAUUUUUAUCAAUCAAUAUCAUUAUCAAUGGGAAAUGUUAUUUUUGUUUUUAUUCAUUGGUCACAUCAUUUUAUGAGUUUUUAUACAACACAAUUUUCACCAAAUGUAACAUCAUAUUCAACAUCAUCAUUUCCUAUUCUUCAUCUUUUACCAAUUGAUAGUAGUAUGACAAAUAGUUUCAAUAAUUUAGUUUUAAAUUAUCAACAACAAAUACUUAAUCCAACGCCAAAUUUAACAUUUUCUGAUGAUGUUAUUUUUACUUUACAUGAACUUGAAAGUGUUGAAUUAUUUCAAACAAUAUACAUGUCGAAUAUCUCAUCAACAAAUUGGACUACUUUAUUUGGUUCAAUUACAUUUGAUAGUAAUGAACAACGUUCAUUUACUUAUGCAUUUGUUGGUCGACAAUGUAAUGGUAGUUGGACUAUAUUAAAAUCAAUUAUUAAUUCUGUAUUUAUAAAUAAUGAUGCUACGUUAAGUAAUUGUAUUAGUUAUCCAAAUGGAGAAAAUAUUUCAGCUGGUGAUAGUGGUUGGCGAACUCUUCGUAUUGUAUUAUUUUCAUUAAUGGGUGUAGUUAUUGCUUGUAUUAUUGGUCUAAUUGCUUUUUUUGUUAUCAGAAAUCAACGUAAUCGUAAACAAAUGUCUCGUGGUCCGAAUAAAAUUAUUUUAUUACCAGAUGAUAUCAUGUUUGUUAUGCCAAAAGGUUCAAUAUUUACUAGCAAAGUUAAUUUAAAAAACGAGCCACAUGAGCGUAGUAAUGUAUCUAUACGUAGUGAAGAUGUUCAAGCAGGAAAAACAGCUCGCUAUAAUGGUGAUUUAGUUGAAGUGAAAAAAUUACAUAUUGGUCCAUUAUCACUUCGUACAAAAGUAAUGCGUGAAUUACGAUUAUUAAAAGAUUUACGUCAUGAAAAUGUCAAUACUUUUAUUGGACUUUUUAUUGAACCAAAUGCGCCAGCAUUAAUAUAUGAAUAUGGUCAUCGAGGCAGUCUUGAAGAUAUUCUUAAGAAAGAAGAAAUAAAACUUGACUGGAAUUUUAAAUGGUCAAUGCUUAAUGAUCUUGUUCGAGGUAUGAGAUAUUUAACUAAUUCAUCUAUACGUUGUCAUGGAAAUUUAAAAUCAAGAAAUUGUGUUGUUGAUUCACGUUGGGUAUUAAAAGUAACGGACUAUCAUUUAAAUGAAAUAUAUACUUUACAAAAUGCUCCAAGACAAGUUGAUAUUAAUGAUCUUCUAUGGAUGUCACCUGAACAUAUUCGUACAUCAAUAAUUAAAAAUGAUGUUGCUACAGUAAUGACAAGUUCAUCAGCUGGUGAUGUUUAUAGUUUUGGUAUUAUUAUGCAAGAAGUUAUUCUUCGUGGACCACCAUUUUGUAUGCUUGAUCUAACACCACAAGAAAUUAUUGCUAAAAUAAAAAAACCACCACCAUUAUUACGUCCAUCUGUAUCGAAACAAGUUGCGCCACCAGAAUAUAUUAAUUCAAUGAAACAAUGUUGGGCUGAACAAGCAGAAACUCGGCCAUCAUUUAAUGAUCUUGCUCAAUCGAUUAAAUUACUCAAUGGUGGAAAGAAAGUAAAUAUUGUUGAUACAAUGUUUAAAAUGCUUGAACAAUAUUCAAAUAAUUUGGAAGAUUUAAUUAAAGAACGAACAACACAACUUGAAGAAGAAAAGAAAAAAACUGAUAAAUUAUUAUCACAAAUGUUACCACCGACUGUUGCUGAUAGUCUUAAAGCGGGUAAAGCUGUUGAAGCUGUAUGGUAUGAAUGUGUAACAAUUUAUUUUUCUGAUAUUGUGGGAUUUACAACAAUAUCAGCAUUAAGUAGUCCAAUGGAAGUUAUUGAUUUACUUAAUGAUUUAUAUACAAUGUUUGAUUCAAUCCUGGAAGAUUUUGAUUGUUAUAAGGUUGAAACUAUUGGUGAUGCAUAUAUGGUUGUUAGUGGUCUUCCAAUUGAAAAUGGACAUAAACAUGCUUCAGAAAUAGCAACAAUGGCAUUAACAUUAUUACAUGCUUGUGGUAAAUUUAAAAUUCGUCAUAUGCCUGGUGUACCAUUACAAUUACGUAUUGGAUUACAUUCCGGUGCAUGUGUUGCUGGUGUUGUUGGUCUCAAAAUGCCUCGUUAUUGUCUAUUCGGUGAUACAGUUAAUACAGCUUCUCGAAUGGAAUCAACUGGCAUGGCUUAUCGUAUUCAUUCGAGUGAAACAACUGCUGCUUUAUUAGAAGAAAUUGGUGGUUUUCAUUUAGAAUAUCGUGGUGUUACAGAAAUUAAAGGACGUGGUAAUUAUACAACCUAUUGGCUUACUGGAAAAAUUGGUUUUGACAAAGAAUUACCAGCACCAGUUAUUUCAGAAAAUAAUCAUGGUCUUGACAAAGAAUUAGUUAAAUUAGCUGAAAAAAGUGCACGAGAACGUGAAAAACGUAUACGUGACGCUCAAGAAGCUAAAUUAGCAAACGCGGCAGCUAAUAAUCAAAUCCAAGUUAAACCAAUCAUAGAAACUGUACCAUCUGAACAAAAGUCGAAACCUUCAAAAAAAUCUCAUUCCAAACUGACUAAUGGUGAUCAUGAUACAAAUACUGCAGAAGAUUUAUUAAGAUUUACACCACCACUUGAAAAACCACAACCAUCAAAUUCAGAAGAUAAAUAUCCAUUACCAACAACAUCAAGUGAAAUUCCGGCUAAAUUACAGCAUAUGAUUGAACCUAGUGGACCUAUUAAAAAGUCAACGAAAGCAAAAUGGUGA